CUGCCUGUCCGGUCACCCGACUCUGCCCUGCAACAUCCUCAAGUUCAAGUCCACCACCGUCAUGCUGGACUGCAGCUUGGACAUGACGUCGGCGCUCAGCUUCCUGCCGCUGCCUCUCGUCUACAGCCCCCGCUUGUCCAAACUUCCCGGAUGGGUCACCAAAGACGGGAAUACGCAGUUUGAGAAGGAGCUGAAGGAGUGUUCCGGUCGGGUAUUCGUAGAUUCCGUGCCGGAAUUCUGUCUGCCGGAAACGGAGUUGAUAGAUCUGUCUACCGUAGAUGUGAUUCUCAUCUCUAACUAUCACUGUAUGAUGGCUCUGCCGUACAUCACCGAGCGCACCGGAUUCACCGGGACCGUCUACGCCACAGAGCCCACCGUUCAGAUCGGCAGGCUCCUGAUGGAGGAGUUGGUUAAUUUCGUGGAGCGCGUUCCGAAGGCUCAGACUGCCACCAUGUGGAAGCAUAAGGAAGUGCAGAGACUGCUCCCCGCUCCUCUGAAGGACGCCGUGGAGGUGUUCACAUGGCGGAAGUGUUACUCCAUGCAGGAGGUGAAUGCCGCCCUCAGUAAGAUCCAGCUUGUCGGAUACUCGCAGAAGAUAGAGCUGUUUGGCGUGGUGCAGGUGACCCCUCUGAGCUCCGGUUAUGCCCUCGGCAGCUGCAACUGGAUCAUCCAAUCGCAUCAUGAGAAGGUUUCCUACGUGUCGGGAUCAUCCCUCCUUACCACUCACCCGCAGGCCAUGGACCAGACGUCUCUGAAGAACAGCGAUGUCCUCCUGCUGACCGGACUCACCCAGAUUCCCACGGCCAACCCCGACGGCAUGGUGGGAGAGUUUUGUAGUAACCUGGCCAUGACCAUACGCAACGGCGGCAACGUGCUGGUACCUUGUUACCCGUCAGGGGUCAUCUAUGACCUGUUAGAGUGCCUGUACCAAUACAUAGACUCUGCCGGCCUCUCCAACGUCCCUUUCUACUUCAUCUCUCCGGUGGCCAACAGCUCCCUGGAGUUCUCCCAGAUCUUUGCUGAGUGGUUGUGUCAUAACAAGCAGUCGAAGGUCUACCUGCCGGAGCCGCCUUUCCCUCACGCUGAGUUGAUACAAACCAACAAGCUGAAGCACUAUCCCAGUAUACACGGCGACUUCAGUAAUGACUUCAAACAGCCCUGCGUGGUGUUCACGGGGCAUCCUACCCUGCGAUUCGGGGACGUGGUGCACUUUAUGGAGCUGUGGGGCAAGUCCGGCCUUAACACGGUUAUAUUCACCGAGCCGGACUUUUCCUAUCUGGACGCUCUGGCGCCGUACCAACCUCUCGCCAUGAAAUGCGUUUAUUGCCCCAUUGACACGCGGCUGAACUUCAUUCAAGUUUCCAAACUUCUUAAAGAAGUCCAGCCGCUCCACGUGGUGUGUCCGGAGCAGUACACGCAGCCCCCGGCCUCCCAGUCCCACCGCUCCGACCUGAUGAUCGACUGCCAGCCUCCCCCCAUGUCCUACCGGCGAGCCGAAGUCCUCUCCCUGCCUUUCAAACGGCGCUACGAGAAAAUUGACAUCAUGCCGGAGCUUGCAGAAUCCCUGGUACCGCUGGAAAUUAAACCCGGGGUCUCCUUGGCGACCGUCUCGGCCGUUUUGUGCACGAAAGAUAACAAGCAUGUCUUAAAGCCGACUCCAAAACCAGUCCAGCCCCAGUCCAACAAGAAAAGGAAGAGAGGCACAGAAGAAACCCCGGAGAGCCAGCCCUUUAAACCACUGCUUAGCGGAUCUAUCCCCGUAGAGCAAUUCGUCCAGACGCUGGAGAAGCAUGGAUUUAGCGACUUGAAGAUCGAGGACACGGCAAAGGGACACAUCGUCCACCUGCAGGAGGCCGACACCCUCAUCCAGUUCGAAGAAGACUCCACGCACAUAAUCUGCGAACACGACGAGCGCUUACGAGUCAGACUGCGGGACUUGGUCCUGAAAUUCCUCCAGAAAUUCUAGAUUCGGAGUCUUUUAUGAGUCGGACAGUUUUGGGGACACUGGUAGGACGGACAGACUGCCCCCCCCUCGUGAGGCUGGACAGGUGGUCAACACAAAAAAAGGUUCAACUAGAAGGAAACAAUCUUCAGGUUACUUUGUAACCGAACUUCUUCACAUACAUCUGUGCGUCGUUUUAAUUCACCCAAAAUAUUACCUUCCUUAAAGGUUUUCCUUUUUUUUUUUUUUGUUAGUUUUGUUUCUUCGAUAUUUUGAGUCAAAUCGAUCCUUACACUGAUUUAGGAGGCCUCUAGUUCUUGGUUGUCGGCCUCCAAGAAAACAGACUAUAGGUUGAGAAUUGGCUGUUAAUCUGUGUAUGACUAUCAUUCAAAAGUUU